UUUCGGUUCGAUUAGUCUGUUCCAAUUAUUGGUCAGAUCGAACCAAUUUGGAUAAUCCAGAUUCGGUUCUUGCUAUUCUGUUUGUUGAUCGAAACUGAAAAUCGCAGAGAGGAAGAAGAAGACAAAGAGAGAUUGUGGACUUCCGUUUGAAAUUGGCGUUGUUCUUCCCAAUUUCUAGAGCCGUCUGAUUAGUUUCUUUCUCUCAUAAUUGGAUUGCAAAAGUGACGAAGGAUGGGGAAUUUGUUCGUGAAGAAACCACAGAUCACGGACGUUGAUCGGGCGAUUCUCUCUCUCAAAACCCAGAGACGCAAGCUCGGCCAAUACCAGCAGCAGCUUGAGAAAGUAAUUGAAGCUGAGAAGCAAGCUGCAAGAGACUUGAUCCGCGAACAUCGAAAGGAGAGGGCUUUGUUAGCUUUGAGGAAGAAACGGACGCAAGAAGAGUUGUUGAAGCAAGUUGAUCAGUGGGUCAUCAAUGUUGAACAACAAUUGGCAGAUAUUGAACUUACCAGCAAGCAAAAGGCAGUGUUUGAGAGCUUAAAGCAAGGUAGCAGUGCUAUUAAAGCCAUUCAAAGCGAGGUUGACCUUGAUGAUGUUCAGAAACUUAUGGAUGAUACCGCUGAUGCUAAAGCCUAUCAAGAUGAGCUGAAUGCUAUACUGGGCGAGAAACUAUCAGCAGAGGACGAAGAGGAGAUAUUAGCAGAAUUUGACAACCUAGAAAGUCAGCUUGCUGUUGAUGAGAUGCCUGAUGUGCCUACAACAGAGCCCCAAGAAUCUGAGAAUUUGCAUCUUCCAGACGUACCAACUAAAAAACCUAUCGUUUCCAAUGCGGAGAUCACACCAGCUGAAUCAGCCACAAAGAGAAAAGUUCUCGAAGAACCUUUGCCAGCUUGAGCUAGAAGAAACUGAUCACCAAAAGAUUAUAUCAUUCUUUAAGCACUUUGUAACGCUCUUGAAGUUUACUGUACAAUGUUGAAGUCUCUUGACGUUUGUAAAGAACGAAGUUUUUGUGGAAUCCCAUUGUGUUCGUUGGAAGUCCACAUCACUAAGUACUCUUUGGUUCAAUGAUGUUACGCGUGAAAGGAUUCAAAUUUCAAUAAUGAAAGAAAAUCCAGAUUAUGACA